UCUAUGGAAGGGAGGCAUGUACCCUGAUUCACCCCGCAGAAAAUGAGGAGCUAGUAGAGGAAAUGAUACUUCAACAAGUUUUUGAUCUGGCAGAGCAGAAGUUGAAGACGCAAUGGAAACAAAGGCUCCGGGGUGAACGAGGCUUUACCAUAGGGGACAAAGUAUUGAUAUAUAAGGCAGCCCAAGAGAAUUCAUGGAGUAAUAAACUAGAUCCAAAAUGGAUAG